AUGCAUGAUACCGCCUCAAUGGUUGCAUGGUCUGAGUCGCCAUUCAUCGGGGUGAGCUUUGGCUACCGGAUCGGUGCAUUAGGAUUCCUACCCUCAAGUUUGUCGAAGAAAGAAGAUGUCCUGAAUCUCGGGUUACGCGAUCAAGUUCAUCUACUUGAGUGGGUACAAGAAAACAUUGCCAAAUUUGGAGGCGACCCUGGCAAUGUGACUCUGUUUGGCCUAUCGGCUGGCGCGCAUUCGAUUGGACACCAUCUCCUGAAUUACAAGGAGAAUGCACCCUCUUUGUUUCACCGGGUGAUCAUGGAAUCGGGCUCCCCGACAUCUCGCGCUGUUCGUCCAUACAAUGCGAAGAUACACGAACAGCAAUUCCAAGACUUCAUACAUGAAGUUGGCUGUCCUGCAGGCCUUCCUGAGGAUGAGAUAUUCCCUUUCCUUCGGACACUGCCUAGUUCAACUGUGACGAAGGCCCAAACAGCGGUCUUUGACAAGUACAACCCUUCCCUACGAUGGGCAUUCCAACCCGUGAUUGACGAUGAUAUCAUAUAUCGCAAGCCUUUGGAUGCUUGGAACUCCAAACUCUGGAAUAAAGUGCCUAUCAUGACGGGCUUUACCACCAAUGAGGGAAGUAUGUAUGUGGAUAAGAAGAUGUCUGAUCCGUCGCAGUUCCGCCAAUUCUGGAACAAUCUUCUUCCUGAACUGUCGUUUUCGGAUUUGGAUACAAUCGACAGGCUGUACCCCGAUCCAAGUGUGGACCCAGCGUCGCCAUAUAUUGAAGACAGAGAGGGUCAUGGUCUCGGCUCUCAAUACAAACGUAUCGAGGCAGCGUAUGCUCACUACGCCUAUGUCGCACCUGUGCGUCAGACCGCCGAGUUUGCCUCCUCACAGGGUAUGCCCGUUUACCUGUAUCACUGGGCUCUUCCCAGAACCGUGGUGAACCGAGCAAACCACGGAGAUAACAUGUACUACGAAUCGUAUAAUAAGGGUAUCACGGGGAUCUCAGAGUCACAAAAGGAGUUAUCUGGAACUCUUCAUGCCUAUCUGACUAGUUUCAUCACCCAGGGCAGCCCGAACGCCAUCAAGGGCCGCUACUCACAAAGACCUGAAUGGCAAGCCUUUGAGCAUAAUGAUCGGAGCGUGAUGACUUUUGGAGAAGGAAAUAAUGAGCUAAUUGGAGGCUCUACAGCUCCUGCUGCUAAUUUUGUCAAGGACGAGUGGGCGAGAGAACAGACUGAAUUUUGGUGGUCGAAAGUUCCUAUCUCACAGCUCGCUUGA